AUGGUUUGCUUCUGUUUUCUGGUUGAUCAGACAAGAAAAGUCAGGAGAUGCAAACCGGCGGCCGGAAUAUGCUCCCGGUGUGGCGGCGGCGCUAGCGUUGCCGACAUGAAGACUGCCACGAGGUUCUGCUGUGUACCGUUUUAUGUGAAGUCUUGGAGAGCUAUCAUGUGCACUUUCUGCGGUGCCAUUCUAAGCUAUACGGAAGAAUUAACCUCAUCUAUUGCCCAGGAAAAAUUACCUGCAGAUCCUGAUCCACCAGUCAAGGUUGUAUUGAGGAUCAGGCCAUUUAAUGGCCCUGGAAGUGGAGAUGGAAUGGUUAGAAAACGGAUGAAACCAGAUGCGAAAAGUGUUGUUCCUUUGCACUUUAAAAGAAAGUCGAUCGAUAUGAAGGAAAUUUGGAAAUCUUACUGUGACUCUGUGCUUCAGCCUUCUCCCUUGAGGGUAUUCCAUUUGAUUUUGUCUGUUUGGUGGCCGAUUCUUGGCCUCUUCCCAACUCCUAGAAGGCUGGAACCCAAGUCCUUGUCUUCCGGCAAUCUUCAAUAG